GUGUGGAACAAACCUCUUUUCCUCUCUCUCUCUCUCGACUUGAUUGGAUGAGAAACCCUCCUCCAUCUCUGCUCUCACUCACCAUAAACGCCGCCGUAUUAAACAUCUCACGCAUCAACGACCUCUCCCAUCUCCCUGACCACAUCGUCCCUGAUCUCUUCGAGAGGACGUUGAAUGCUGGGAAGUUGAAUGAGAGAGUUUUGAGAGUGUUUAUGGCAUCUGGAAACGAAGAAGUUCUUGAUAUGAUCGAUGCACUUAAGAUUAAAAUCGAUUUAACUCCUAUUGUUCCUACUCGAUGUGAUGAGAAAUUUAGAAUGAACUGGAGUAGACGCUAGUUGAAUUGAUGAUGAGGAUGAGGUGUGUUUGGAAGAUUGGUUCUGUGUGUUGAUAGGUUGGUUACUAAUUGUAUUUUUCGGAUUAAUAUAUAGUCCAUAAACAACAACGUGGACAAGUGAAGAUACAUUGCCAGAUUGAAAGUCUGUUUCUUCCUUUUUCUUGUGUGUAAAUACUAAAUAGUAAUGAAAGGUGCCAAAUAUUUUUUUUCCCCGUUCCUAUGAAGUUAUGCAAUCUCGAAAAGCUUAUUGUUUUGCUGCAGUGUUCUGUUGUAUAAAU